CUCAGAGUGGCUGGUGGUUUCGAAUUGUAGACCUUGCAGUUAGCAGCCUAACUUGUAACCACUAAGCCACCAGAGCACCUCUGAGUGACUAUUCCCCCUCAUUCCAAUCCUCCCUUUUAAUCAUUUCUGAGAUGGUCAGUACAUUGUGGAGCCUUCCGUUCCACACGUGCUCCAUGGAGGGGUUUGGGAGAUGGUUGUUCAAAAUGAGAGCAUGCUGUUGGCGUAUAGUUUCAUUCACUCUAGUCCCUCCCACACAAUAGUUUCAUAUCUAACUAUUAGCCGCCGAAUAAAUUCUACUUGGCAUGUACAAUGAAAUCUUCAAUCAUUUCCCUCUUGGCAUAUAUUCAGAUUGCUCCUAAUUAUCAGCCACCUUAAAUUCUACCGCUUUAACGUCAUUCGCUGUAGAUCCUUUAUAUCUGUAAGGUAAAAAAACAAAAAAACAAACUCAACUGCCAUCAGGUUGACUCUGACUCAUAGUGACCCUAUAGGACAGGGCAGAACUGGCCUCUGGGUUUCUGAGAUGGAAACUCUUUAUGGGAGUAGAAAACCUCAUCUGCAGCCCAGCUCAAACCAAAUGGGCAUGCUGGUAUAAAGGAUGUUGCUCUCAGCAGCAGCAGCAGCAGCAGCAUUACUGGUUGUGUGUGUGUGUGUGUGUACGUACAUAUCUCCAAAUUGCUCUUCCAGAACAUAUUUGUGUAGUCCACUCUCCAUGAGCGCUGUAUGAGAAUUGUGUGAUUAGUUCUUAAAAUUAUUUGUAUGUUUUCCUCCCCACUGUCAGGUGGCUGAUCUAGAAUUGGCUCUCUGUAAGUUUCAGUGUGUUCAUGUUUAUUCUCUGUGGAGGCUCAUCUUCCAUCACGGAAGAGCAUCAGAGAUGGGAGAGCUGCCCCGAAAGAGUGAAAGAAGACAGAGUGAUGCCAGCAGUUGGGCAGGAAGCUGCACAUUCACAGGUGUUUCCGGAUCACUAAUAACAGCAGAGCCCUAACCCAGGCGCACUGGUGGCAUGGUGGUUAAGCACUCGGCUGCUGACUGAAAGGGUGGAAGAUGUCUAUGGACGUGACGUUUCUAGGGACGGGUGCAGCUUACCCGUCCCCAACCCGGGGUGCCUCUGCUCUGGUCCUGCGCUGUGAGGGCGAGUGCUGGCUCUUUGACUGUGGGGAGGGCACUCAGACGCAGCUUAUGAAAAGUCAGCUUAAAGCAGUAAGGAAAUUGACGACGGGGUCGGGCGGUGCAUCUGACUUCCUCUGGAUUUGGUACAGGAAAGAAGGCUACAUCUCUACCCCAAUCCACAGCCAAGUGCUACCAGGCAGAGGGAGAAUUACUAAGAUCUUCAUCACGCAUCUGCACGGAGACCAUUUCUUUGGCCUGCCGGGCCUCCUCUGCACCAUCAGCCUACAGAGCAGCUCCACCGGUGCCAAACAGCCCGUCCACAUCUACGGUCCCGUGGGCCUCCGGGACUUUCUCCAGCGCACCAUGGAGCUCUCCCACACGGAGCUGGUCUUCCCGUAUGUGGUCCACGAGCUGGUGCCCACAGCCGACCAGUGUCCUGCAGACGAGCAAGCAGGCAUCACACACGAGGAAAGGACAGGCUGCCGUCCCGGCGCAGACCAAGGGAGGACGAUCCACUUAGACACAGAAGAAGACGCUUACCUUCUGGUGGAUGAGGAGCAGUUUGUUGUGAAAGCGUUCCGCCUCUUUCACCGGAUCCCCUCCUUUGGGUUUUCCGUCAUAGAGAAGCGCCCAGGCAAGCUCAAUGCCCAGAAGCUGAAGGACCUCGGUGUUCCACCCGGUCCCGCAUAUGGGAAGCUGAAAAAUGGCAUCUCAGUUGUGCUGGAAAAUGGGGUUACAAUUUCUCCCCAAGAUGUUUUAAAGAAGCCCGUCGUUGGAAGAAAAAUCUGCAUCCUGGGGGACUGCGCCGGGGUCGUGGGGGAUGGAGGCGUGGAGCUGUGCCUAGAAGCAGACCUACUGAUCCACGAAGCGACCCUGGAUGACACCCAGAUGGACAAAGCCAAGGAGCGCGGCCACAGCACUCCACAGAUGGCCGCAGCCUUUGCAAAUCGGUGCCAAGCCAAGAGGCUGGUUCUCACUCACUUCAGUCAGAGGUACAAGCCAGUCACUUUGGCCAAAGAAGGAGAAAGUGAUGGCACUGCCGAACUGAAGAAACAAGCGGAAUCCAUGUUCGAGCACCAGGAAGUGACGCUGGCAGAGGACUUUAUGGUGAUCAGCCUUCCCAUCAAGAAAUGAGACCAGCCGUCUCGAAUGCCCAUUGACAGGCCGAUGGCUGUGCUCCCAAACCUCCCGGCUGUGGGUUUUUUGUUUGUUUGUUUGUUUGGUCUAAAUUAUUUGGGGCCUUAAGAUUUUGAGUUGGGCUGCAAUAGGCAUAAUUGGUGGUUCUAAACCACCAGCAGCUCCGAGGGAGAAAGAAGGGGCUUUCUACUCCCAUCAACAAUUACAGUCCCGGAAACCCCCGAGGGGGUGGUUGGGAGUCAUCAUCGACCCCGUGGCAGUCAGUGGGGUUUUCUGGCUUUCAGUGGCCCUGAAAAAUGAAAAGGCACUGUGUGGCGGAACUGACUCAGCAGUAAAAGGGCACGCGGAUUUUGAUAAUAAAGAGUGUUUUAGAAGGAAAA